AUGACGACGUUCAAGCACCGCGCGGACCUCGAAGAGGCGAUUGAAACGUGCUCUGCUACAGUGCGUCUGCUGCAGGAAAAGGCGCACAAUGGUACGGACGGCGAUGGGCCGCUGGCAGACGUCGCCGAGGAGCUGAAGAAGCUCGUGGCACUGCGCAAGGCGCUAAAGAUGUGGAAGCAGAAGGAGAGACGAGUUGAAGAGGGAGACAGAGGGACAGAAGAGACCGAAGAGACAGGAGAGGAGAGUAAGGGGAGGAUGGAGAGCGCUGCGAGGGAGCAGGAGGACGGAAGAGCAGCGUUGGAAGACGUUAGGGAGGCUGAGGAGGGCGGGAACGGGGCUGCUGUUGCCAAGGACGAGCUAUUGCAGCGUGCGAUCAGGCUCGAAGAGCUCGUGGCCGCAGCAAAUGUGAAGCUGACGACGUUGGAGGGUGAGGUGGCGCAGGUGGAGCGCACGAAAAAGGCGUUGACGUACUUGGUGGCACAUCAAGAGCCGAUGACCGAACAGGUCGGGUCGUUGGUGGAGUGUCGAGGGACGACGAAAGAAGGGGCAGGAUCAGUGCGUGUUGAGGUGACGACGCCGAAGAAGAAGAAGAAGAAAAGGAGGAAAAACAAAGUGGCGACGGGUGAAGGAGUGGACGAACAGAGCGAGGAGUUGCCGGGGGAUGAUGCAAAGGUGGAAAUUGAGGCAGAGUAUGUGAAUAGGAACACGACGAUGGAAAAGCUGCAGGAAGCUGUGGUUGCGCUGACGGAGGAGAAGAACGAGGCCGUUGUCAAGUUGAUGGCAGAGCUGGCGGACCAACGAGCCGAAAUGGAGCAGCAGAGCCAAGAGAUGCUGCGAAAGGCGAAGCACGAAUUCGACGACGUCGAAGAAAAGCUACGGCGAACGGUUGCAAGUGUCGCUCAAGAGAAGGAUGCGGUGAUUGCGAAGCUGAAAGCUGAGCUUGAGGAGCAGCGUGUAGACUCGCAGCUGGCGGGGAGUCAAGAGGUGGAGUCUGAAUUGGUGAAAACUGUUGCAGCGCUGAAGCACGAGAAGGCUGAGCUGGAGCGCAAGCUGCAGACUGCAGAAGAGGCUGCCAAGUGCUCCCGCGACGAGCUGGAAAAUGUUCAAGAUCAGCUGACGGAUAGUGAGGACAGAGAGACGCAGCUUCGUAAGCUGCGCAAGAGUGUCGAGGACGUCCAACUUGCGAACAAGAAGCUCACGGAGGAGAACGCGCUGAUUGAGGCUGAUGCAAAGGCGAUUCGUGACGAAGCAGAAAAGAGGAUUGCUGAGCACUUGUCGUCCAAGAGCAAGUCUGAAAGUUCUGCUGCCAAAAUUGCAGCCAUCGCGGCUGAGCUGGAAGCGUCGAAGACGGAAGUGCAGAAGCUGCAAGCCAAAGUGAAGAAGCUGACGAGCGAGGCAAGUGCUAGUCAUGCGAAGGUUUCGAGUACUAAGGAGCGUAUUUUGACGCUGGAGCAGGAACUGGCGGUGGCUACGAAAAUCGCUGAAGAGGCGUCUACCGAGCUGGAGCAGGUAUCGAAGGCGGCUCAGAAAAGCGCUGAAGAGAUGUCUGCCGAGCUGGAGUCGCUGCGUGCUUUGUCCCAGGAUUCGGCAUCGAAGCUGGCGAUUUCUACAGAGCGUGUGCAGACUCUUGAAAAAGAUUUGGAGGCAGUGAAGAAGGAGCGUGAAGACGCAUUAGCUGAGCUCGAAGGUCUGCGCACAUGUACGAAGGAUACAGAGCUGGCGCUUCUGGGCUCGAACGAGCGGAUGCAAGUUCUGGAAAAGGAGCUUGAGCUAGCGCAGCACAGUGCCCAAGAGGCGUCCACAGAGCGUGACGCUCUCCGCACAUCGAUGCAAGAAGCUGAACGUAUGUACAAGGCUGAAAUUGAAAAGCUGACGAUGCAGGUACAGACCACUGAAGGGAGCUGCAAGAAGGAGUUCAUAGCCGAGCUCGAGAAGGCAAAAGACGCUGCCAAAGUUGCACUCGCAGACAAGGAAGAAGCUGCCUGCCAGCUUCGCGCACUAACGGACAAAGGGAUGCGUUUACAACAUGAAAGUGAAAAAGCUCUGAGCCUUGCGUCUCGCAAGAGUGUGCAGGCGGAAAAGCUUGCAGCGGACCUCAGCUCUCGCUCGGCCGAGGUGACGGAACUGAAAGCUCAGUACGACGAGCUGCUUGCACAGUAUACUCGGUCGAACGACAAGCUGCUCAAAUUGCAGGGUGGCGCAGCUACGAAUGACGAUUUGCUCAAGAAGGCACGUGUGUCGCUACUGGAGGUGACCAGUGAGCUCAAGGAAGCUCGUGCUGACUCGCUCAAGUGGAAAAACUCGGCACAAGCAGCCAAGACGCUGAUGAAUGCCAAGAUUGCCGAUGCAGAGAGUGCUUACAAGCAGCUCAAGAAGGCCCGUGCCGACGCGGCCUCAGCCAAGUCAGCUCAUCUGCAGCUCUCUGCGAGUCUAGAGGGCAAGGAGAAGAAGCUUGCGAGAGCCAAGCAAGAGCUCGCUACCGUCCGUUCCGAAUUGACCGAGACGAUUAAGACUUUUGAGGCCAACCUGGUGCAGAUGAAACAGGCGCAUGCUGCUCGAACGGAAGAGCUCGGCAAAGCCUCUGCGCACACGAUCGCGCAGCUGACGAACCAGAUCCAGUCGUACCGCCUGAUGCUCGUGGUCGUUCUUCUGCCGGCGCUCAUCGCCACGUUCGUGUAUGCGAUCUCGAUCUAG